CUAUGGUAUGUUGUCAUUCGUCGAGUGACCGUCGGGCUGCGCACACGCUGCGCGCCGUUUUAUUUUUGUUUCACCUUUACUGUGCUUUUUACUUUUUGUAUUCGAGGACAAAGUGACGAAUUGCUCCGCCGUAUUGUGUCAGUGUUUUGAACUCCGCUUGUGACAUUGAAGGAUCCAUUUUAAUAAUUUAUAAGAUCUUAGUAGGUAGAUCACUUAUCAUGUUAAUGUCGGGAUGGUUCAUAAUUUCUCCUGAUGUGUCAUCCAGAAUGACACCGCAAGAAGAGCGCGAGAACGCGCGCGGCGUGGAUAUCGCCGACGCUUUCGAGGACGACAUGUUCGGGCCGCCGCGCUCCGAGCCCGCAGCUCGACCCAAACUCUCCAUGAUCUCAGCCCGGCUGCGCGCCAACGAGGAGCGCAAACGCGUCAUAGAGAUCUGCUCACAGAAACUAGAAAACAUCGAAGACCCCGGCCGUGACCUUCGCCGAUCAGUAUGCAUAAACAACACAUUCUUCAGACUGAGCGAAGAAGUCCGCAAAGAAAAGGAGGCGAGACGACGUCGCGCGAGGGAGGAAUGCGACGACUCCUGGAUCGGAAAGAGAAGUCGACGCUCCGUCGAAGACGAGUGCCUAGCGUUGUUGGACGCGAUUCCGGAACUAGGAGACGCGAAUUUGGGCUGCGCGCAGUUGGCGCGACAGAUGCCCCGGCAGGACGUUCCCCUGAUGCCCUCUGGCCUGCUGGUGCUCGACUCAUGACCGCGCCGUAGCGCGCACAUUCACACGCCUCUGUAAAGCGAACUCGGCGAUUGAAACUCACCCGAGUCGCUGACCGCUGCACGACGCUCCGGCGUGGACACUACGCCACGAGCCAUGAGCACGGCGCACUCGGAAACGAUCUGCUCUGAAUUCGUCGCAGGAUCGAGGCCGCGGCGGCGCGGCUCGAAUACCGGACGAUGUUUAUUCGUUACCGGAUCGGACGUACGCUUAGCCAAUUCUUUGUUGUUAUAAGAAGAGUACUUACUUUGUUAGUGCGUUUUUUUUAUUAUUUAGUGAAAGUUGCUCAGGCGCUGCCGACGGGCGCGGUCCAAUUAGUGUUCAACGAUUUAUUUUUACUAUAUAAUUGAAGACUUCAGUGAGUGAAAUGGGCGUCGCGACGCAUCGUGGCGACGCCGAGAUAGAAGGUCAAAUAAUUUCUAUCGGAGAUAUAGUUAUAAGUGAUAAUUAUUAUGUUAUUGAACUAUAAAUUAAUAAUAUAGUGAGUUAAGGUAUAGUGCAAAACGACUGGGAACGGUUGCGAGAUGCGCCAUCAAAAAUCAUAAGUGAUUUGAAUAGUAUUAAGUGCAUUGUACCUACUGCCUUUUGUGAGAUUGUGAUGCUGCGGCAAGCCGGUUUGUGAUACCGCUUCCACCGACGACGCAGUGACACCUUUAAAGUGAAACAAGGAGUGUUAACAUUUUACAAUUUUAAAAGCGAUUUGUUGACAUUGUUCGAUUCUUAAUUUUAACAAGCUAUCUUUUGAUUUAAUAUCAUUCUCAUUCUUUGUGUCCACUGCUUCGUUCGGUUGAUGACUCUUACUUAAUACUCGAACAAUUUCAGUUAUGACCAGCAAUUUGCAGUCUAACAAGCAAAUGUUUGGCAAACAUGUAGCAUUUUAUCACAAGUUUAAUUUUAUAACAUUUCUGUUAACAUUUCUGUUCUACGUUUAUUUUAUUAGUUUUUGUUUCGUGUUACCUUAUUACACCAUUAUUAUAAGCAAUUGUUACCAUUAUCAUAAUUGGUUUAUGUCGUUGAUAAGAUGUAAGCGAAUGUUCAAUGCAUUGAAUUGUUUAUUCAAUAUUUAAAAUUGUAACAAGUGUUGAACAAAGUUUAGUUGUGCAAUGAAUUUGCAAUCAAUAUUGUGCAAUCGGAGUGAACAACGGCGAAGUUCCUUCUUUUGAAAUCUUAAUUGUCGCAAAAUAUAUUGGUAGUAGUCCGUUUUGCCCCUCUGAAUAGUAAAUAGGUACGUGGAGCGCGGGGUGGGGUGCGCGCAGGGGGGGGGGAGCAAUGGGAGGAGGCGGGGGUAUGAGGCGGCCGUUCCCAGCACUCCUGUGAUAUUAGCCUAGCCUGUGUGUCGUAUUUGUGCUAGUUUCCCCAACCUUGUUUUGAUCGCUGUGUAUAAAAAUGCUUCGAAAAUUACUUACCCUCUUAUUGGCCAUUUUAUACGGAACAUCCGGAUUUAUAGCCGUUUGACCGGCCGUAGUUGCAUUUAAAAAGUCACCGUUUUUUAACGUAGACGACAUAUCGUUUUAUAAUUUGCGUUUUAAUGUCGCGUUCGUAAAUUGUAAAUUUAAAAUAAGCGCUUAUAAUGCCGAAGUCGUUUUUGGCUUUCGGUUUAAUGCAGUCAGUUAAGAAUAAAUUCAGAAAGCACACUGAAUUUUCAGCUAUAAUUUCAACCAAAAUAUUUUACAUAAUGAUUACCGAUAAUAACGCACAUAUACAUUUUAAGUAGAUUUUUCAUUGUACCAUAUUGUGUAAGUCACGUUGAGAAAUGAAAUGAUAAAGUAUGUUUGUAAUUCGAGACCAAAUCGGUUCAUGGGCAAAUGUUAAUUUAUAGACGUGGCUUCCAAUUUCCCAUUGGGAUCGUGAGAUUUUUUAGAACAUACAAUAAUGUUAAUACAGAAUUUUAAUUUAAGUUGUUAAAGCAGCCUAUAGACCGUGGUAUCUGAUAUGAUGAUUAUAAAAACUUAACCUUAUGUGUGAUAUGCCGUAACUUAUCAUAAGGUUAACAAUGAAGUUAAGUAAUAAAAUCAGUUUUAUAUCAAAAACAAAGUAAAAGUCUUAACUGCAAAAUAAAAUAAUUAUUCGUUUUAACAAAAGGAAAUCAAUUUCAUCAUUUUGUGAUGCUGAGUGUCUACGAAGGGCACUGCAGGGAAAAAUGAAUAGAAUAUUGUACACUAUCAGAUUAUUGGAUCUGCACGAACAUCCGCCAUUUCUCUCACACCCUACUCGAAGAAAAGUGAUAGACGAUGUACAAGCGUCGAUGGCUGGAAAUUUAGAUGUUGAUGAGGAAGCAAUAAGAGUAUAGUAUGCUUUGGAAGCUGUUGUAGAUUCGGACCAAUUUUUAAACGAUAUUAGUUGCAGUACCACCAAACAUGAAGAAAUACUACAUAAGAGUGCUAACAGUAUAAAUUUCAGCCCGAUAAUAUCUGAUAGAUGUAAAAAUAUAUAAAUUUAAAGAUUCAUUUGUUUUAUAUUUUAAAAAUCUACAUAAAUUAUAUUUUAGCUGUACCCAAGUUAACGUAAGUUGUAAAGUUAACGGAGUUCAGUCUGAAAAUCCUUUCCCUCUGACCAAAGUUGAUUCAAAUACAUUCUGAUUUACUCAUGCCUUAUAAUAUAAAUGAUAUUAUGAUUUAUACCUCUAUCUACGUCUUUCAUUGUUGGUCAAACUUUUUACGAGUCAAUGACUACCAAAUAGUGUAGUCACGGAGAUUACUGAUUAAUUUAACUCAUUGAUGAAGAGUUUUUAAAUGUAUUUUUUUAUUGUUUGAUUCCUAGUCGGCAGAAUCAAGUUUUUUUAAAUAUAUCGUCAAAGUAGCGCAUACAAAAACAGUACAUUGAUAACCUAUCCUAAUGUAUGCGCUAUUUUAAUGAUUUUAAAACUAUUUUACGAGGAUAAGGAGGAUAAAAGUUCUGUAAAUGUUAUCAUAAUUUUAUUAUUGUGAUUAGCUGCUAUUUUAUAAAUGUUUCCUGUACUAAGAUAAGAGAUCAUUAAAUAAA